CUGUAAGCAAUAAACUGGUCUUGUCUAUUUUGCAUUGAAGUAGAUUACCAUCGCGCGUCCUUUGCAGCCAUAGUGACAGCUCCACCUUUGCGUGAAACGUCAUGCGUCCAACGUUCACGUGAGAAGGGGUUGCCUUUUGUGUUGCUAAGCAACCACGUCCUUCUAGGUGCCAAACAAGUAGUGGCGCAAGAGAUCUUUCAUUAUUGUUUUUCAAACAGAUUAAAGAAAAUAUUUUUCGCCGGUUCUUUAUUUAAGGCUCCUUAUAAGGAUGUCACGGGCUGAAUCUAAGUCCCGGGCAGAGAAGGGGCGUGUCAACUCUGGCCACGCACCCCAUCCUCCUCCUUCCCAGAGUCCAGACGUGGUUGAAAUUGUCCCAGGCUGCCUCACAGAAUCCAGCUGGGUCUCAAUGCUAGAGCAGGAAGAAGGAGAGGAGGUAGUAUCGGAGAUCCUGGAUGAAUUAAUGAGCCUUGUCAUGCAGAAGUGUUACUUGGUCUACCUUCAGAAACAGCUGGUGCCAUUCACUGUGUUCUGGGCCCGAGAUUCUCUAGUGCAGGUUCUGGAGUGGCAGUUCCUGGUCCAGGAUGAGGGGGAGGGACCAGACAAUGCCCUUUCCUGGACAGAAGAUUCAGAGCCCCUGCCGUCAGUUAUAGACUCCUGGGCGCCAGGCUGUGUGUUGGUUAUGAAUGCUGAGCCAACACAAUACAUUUCUCCUCUACAGAGGUCCACUCCAGCAGUUGAAGCGGGCAGACGGACAGGCCACAGAGCCAAUCAAGGAACUCCCAAAGCGAGCCUGGGUACUUCCUCACCCAAACAUUCCAGGGAGGACAGAAAACCUGGAGAGCCUCCAGGUCACAGGGGUUUCAAACUAUCCUGCGUCCCCCCGCCCGUACCUAAGGGAAGGCCGAGCAGGCAGCGACACUUACCUCCCACCGCUGCUACAGAGGACAAUCUGCUGUCCCCAAACCAUUCUCUGACCCGCUCGGUGAAUAAAAAAGAUGUGGAGGGAGAGGAGGGAGGCCGUGCAGAGCCACGCGCCACUACCCGUAAUGUUAAGCUCAUGCCUGAAGGCCUCCUGGCCACACGGAGGCUGGAUCUGACCCGUCUCCCACGCCACCGUGUCUUGCCACAAUAUGAGGUGGUGGAUUUCAGUCCCUCAAAGAGUAAUCCGCAGAAAACCGCCGGUUCGAUGGGACAGCACAGCAAGAACCAACUGACCUCACAGACAAAGGCCCUGAAACCUUUGACCCACUGUGAAGGGCGGCCCGGGGCUCAGAGGACUGGAGCCCUGACUGGGGAGGUCAAUCUUUCCAUUAGAAGGAGUGUUCCGAAAGUAGGUGACAGUGAGGCAGUUGUACCCUCCUGUGGCAGCCUGCUGCUGGACAGCAUGGAGCUGGCCCCUGGGGUCACUCUUACGGGUCCCCAGGGGACCCGCUUCAGCCCCCUUGAAGGAUGCCCAGCUCGGCCAACACACAGCGCAAAGCUGAAGCCCAUACAGAGUAAUCCACCUGGGCCAAGGUUUCCCUUGCUCAGAACAGCCUCUUCCUUUAGUUCACUCCACUGCACUGAACCGAAUGGGGCAUAGCUCAGGAGCUUUGUGAAAGACAAUUACUGAAAGGAAAAUUUCAUCCAUUUCAUUAACAAUUAUUGAAGAGUGAAGGAUCUAUGCAAGAUUUGUAAAUUAUUAUUAAAUUAUUAGUUUUUUUUUUUAUUGAAAAAGAAAAUUGGCACAUUUCUUGGUGAUCUCUGCAUACAGUGAAAAAAGACGUUACACUGUUUUAGGAAUGUUUGCUAACUGCAUGUAUUACAACACUUUUUGAGCUAAAUCCUAUUUGCCAACAUAUCCAAAUGUGUAUCUUACUUGAUAAGAGCAUGGCGCUUGCAAUACCAGGGUUGUGUGGGGUUAAAAAUACAUUUUUUAUGGCAAUAUUCUAUUUUCGUUGUACUCAGCUAAUUAGCACCAUCUGCUGCUAGACACUAGUAAUGACGACACGUGACUUAAGCGGAACAAUAACAUAGGAUUUGAAAAACGCUUGUGGAGUCAAGAAGCCAUGGAUUAAAUUACAGAUCCGUAUAAAAGUCUAGUGAUUGGAUAGUCUAGUGAUUUGUAUGAAAGUCUAGUGAUUUGUUAAUAUGUAUACGUGGUUAGUUCUACUAACGCUUUCGCUAACUCAUGGAUAUGGUAUGUGUGAAAAUCGUACAAAAAACUUAAGAAACAACAUUGUGAUGGUGAUGUCCGAUGCAUUUGACGGACGGUUAACCUUUGAACCUGGUAGUAAGGUGGUACAAUUACCAUACAUCAACUACAUCCGGCAGCUCGGCACUGUCUUUCUCAAUGCCUACACCAAUUCUCCCAUCUGCUGCCCCUCGAGAGCAGCUAUGUGGAGUGGUCGUUAUGUCCAUUUAACCGAAUCGUGGAAUAAUUACAAGUGCCUGGAUCAAAAUGCCACGACAUGGAUGGACCUGCUCCAAAAGAAUGGCUAUCACACCCGAAGUUUCGGGAAGCUGGACUACACGUCAGGAAGUCACUCUGUCAGCAAUCGCGUGGAGGCAUGGACGAGAGAUGUGCCUUUCCUUCUGCGGCAGGAGGGCCGUCCCGUGACAGACUUGGUUGGGGAUGAGUCAGCGAUGAGAGUCAUGACCAAGGACUGGAACACCACAGACACGGCUACCCAGUGGAUCCACCGCAUGGCUGCCUCUCUCUCAGAGCCUUUCGCCUUGUAUCUGGGCCUGAACCUACCUCACCCCUAUGUCACAGACUCUUUGGGGCCCAAUGCUGGGGGGUCCACAUUCCGCACCUCCCCUUACUGGCUCAAAAAGGUGAUGCCCGAGCUAAUCUCAAUUCCAAAAUGGCUGCCAUUUUCCAACAUGCACCCCGUGGACUACUACUCCACCUUCACUAAGAACUGCAGUGGGAAUUUCACAGAGGAGGAAGUGAGAAAGAUCAGGACUUUCUACUACGCCAUGUGUGCGGAAACGGACGCCAUGUUGGGCCAGGUGAUCUCAGCUCUGCGGGACACAGGCCUGCUGAACAGCACCAUGCUGCUCUUUACGUCUGACCACGGCGACCUGGCAAUGGAGCACCGACAGUUCUACAAGAUGUCCAUGUUUGAGGGCAGUUCCCAUGUCCCCCUGCUGGUCAUGGGGCCGGGGGUGAGGUCGGGCCUGCAGCUGAGUCGGCCUGUGUCCUCGGUGGACGUCUAUCCCACCGUGCUGGAGACGGCUGGAAUAGCAGUGCCGGGUGGACUCAGCGGCCAUUCUCUUCUGCCUCUGCUGUCCCGGUCGGCUGCCCGGCCUGGCUGGUCCCAUCCAGGCUGGGCGAUGAGUGAAUACCACGGCUGCAACGCCAACGCAUCCAUCUACAUGUUGAGGGAAGGCCGCUGGAAGUACAUCACUUAUGCAGAUGGUCUGAGUGUCCCCCCACAGCUGUUUGACCUGAAGACUGACAAAGAUGAGCUUCACAAUGUGGCAUCCAAAUUCCCAUAUGUGUGUCGUCACCUGGACAAGGUCCUGCGCACUGCGGUAGACUAUCCUAAAGUCUCUCAGGCAGUCCAACUCUACAAUAAACAGGAAUUUGCUGCGUGGCGCAAAAGUCUGGGUGGCAAUUAUACCCAAGUUAUUGCAAGCUUGAGAUGGCAUAUAGACUGGCAAGAAGAUGUGGAGAACAAUGAGAGAGCCAUCGACAAUUGGCUUAGGAAUUCUGGGUUCUCAUCUGAUAAACUCCAACUAUCUACACUUUAACUUGCCUGCUGAGACUUAAAGCAGGGCAUUAUUAAGUGAUACACCACCUAGAGGGUCUGCCCCUGUCACUUGCUGUUUGUUAAAUACAGGAAUGCCUAAAAUGUUUUGGUACUCACUUGUGAUUGGUUGAGCAGUUGGGCAGGCCUUAUUUUUGGUUAAGAUAUUAUAAAUACACUGAACAAAAUUAUAAACACAGCACUUCUUUUUGCCCCCAUUUAUUAUGAGCUGAACUCAAAGAUCU